AUGGGUUCGACGGGGCCUGAGGGAGUGGAGAUGCCGCCGCACGUAGUGUGCGUGCCGUACCCGGCGCAGGGCCACGUCACUCCGAUGCUCAAGCUCGCGAAGCUGCUCCACGCCCGGGGCUUCCAUGUCACCAUGGUCAACACCGAGUUCAACCACCGCCGCCUGCUCCAGUCGCGUGGCCCCGAAGCGCUCGACGGCAUCCCCAGGUUCCGCUACGCCGCCAUCCCCGACGGGCUCCCGCCCUCCGACGCCAACUCCACACAGGACGUCCCCGCGCUCUGCUACUCCACCAUGACCACCUGCCUCCCGCGCCUCUUGUCCCUCCUCAGGAAGCUCAACGACGACCCUGGCGUGCCACCCGUCACCUGCCUCAUCGUGGACGGCGUCAUGUCGUUCGCCUACGACGCGGCGAAAGAGCUGGGCGUGCCGUGCGCCGCGCUCUGGACCGCCAGCGCGUGCGGCCUCGCGGGGUACCGGCACUACCAGCAGCUCGUCCAGUGGGGCCUCGUCCCUUUCAGGGACGACGCGCAGCUCGCGGACGACGCGUACCUCGACACCGUGGUCCGGGGCGCGCGCGGCAUGUGCGAUGGCGUGCGCCUGCGCGACUUCCCCACCUUCAUCCGCACCACGGACCGCGGCGACAUCAUGCUCAACUUCUUCAUCCACGAGGCCGAGCGGCUGUCGCUCCCGGACGCCAUCAUGAUCAACACCUUCGACGACCUCGAGGCGCCGACGCUCGACGCCCUGCGCGCGACGCUCCCUCCGAUGUACACUGUUGGUCCGCUGCUCCUCCACGCGCGCGCGCCGUCACGGAGGGCAGCCAGCUCGAUGCCCUCGGUUCCAACCUCUGGGAGGAGCAGGGUGGCCUCCUCGAGUGGCUAG